ACAUUGAAUUAGCCUGCAUUAUCUUACCACAAAUUUCUGGCAGAUUUGGCAAAGCCUCCAGUAAAUGAACCGAGGGAACCGGAACAGUUUCUAAUGCAGGCGCCCCAGGGAAAUCCACUGCUGCUUUCCCACACCCUACAAGAGCUAUUGAGCAAGGAUAGUGUGCAGGUGGAGCUUAUACCCGAGAAGAAGGGCCUUUUUCUGAAACAUGUGGAAUACGAGGUUUCCAGCAAGAGAUUCAAGUGCUCAGUGUACAGGCGAUACAAUGAUUUUGUGGUGUUCCAUGAGAUGCUGCUUCAGAAGUUCCCGUAUCGUAUGGUGCCGUCACUUCCACCAAAGAGGAUGCUGGGAGCUGAUCGAGAAUUCAUAGAAUCUAGGAGGAGAGCGCUGAAGCGUUUUAUAAACCUGGUGGCUCGACAUCCCCCUUUCUCGGAAGAUGUGCUCUUGAAACUCUUUCUGUCCUUCAGUGGCUCAGAUGUACAGAAUAAGCUAAGAGAGUUGGUCCAGGGAGUCGGAGACGAAUUUAUGACCUGCAGAUUAGCUACCCAGGCCAAGGACUUCCUUCCAGCUGACAUACAGGCCCAGUUCGCUGCCAGCAGGGAACUGAUCAGAAAUAUUUAUAAUAGCUUUUAUAAGCUUCGGGACCGUGCGGAGAGGAUAGCUUCUCGAGCCAUUGAUAAUGCUUCAGAUCUUCUCAUAUUUGGGAAGGAGCUAAGUGCUUUGGGCUCAGACACUACGCCGCUUCCUUCAUGGGCUGCUUUGAAUAAUAGCACAUGGGGGACUCUGAAACAAGCCUUGAAGGGUCUGUCUGUUGAAUUUGCACUACUGGCAGAUAAGGCUGUGCAGCAGGGUAAACAGGAAGAGAAUGAUGUGGUGGAGAAGCUGAACCUUUUCCUGGAUUUACUCCAGUCCUAUAAAGACCUGUGUGAAAGACAUGAGAAGGGGGUAUUGCACAAGCACCAGCGAGCAUUGCAUAAGUACAGCAUGAUGAAGAAGCAGAUGAUGAGUGCCACCGUGCAGAACAAAGAACCAGAAUCGGUGGAGCAACUGGAGUCUCGGAUUGUGGAGCAAGAAAAUGCCAUCCUAACCAUGGAGCUGCGGAAUUACUUCUCUCUGUAUUGCCUGCAUCAGGAGACACAGCUUAUCCACAUCUAUCUGCCUCUCACGUCUCACAUUUUGGGGGCCUUUGUCAACUCCCAGAUCCAGGGUCAUAAAGAGAUGAGUAAAGUUUGGAAUGAAUUGAAGCCGAAGUUGAGCUGUCUCUUCGUGGGAUCUAGCAAUAUGCCAACUCCACCGUUGUCACCUCCAGAGGGAAACUUCUUCUCCAAUUAAUGCUCUGAGCAUCUAGCAUGGAGCAAGAAGUGCAAUCAAGGAAGGGGUGGGACUUCUACCUCCAGAUGUUAGAAUGAAUCCUCCAAACAGCUAUUGUUUUUUUUAUUUUUGUUUUUUUUAAUACUGCUGCUUUGAGCUGCUCUCUGAUUUAGGCAGACUGGAUGUGGGGCAGAACUUAGGGAUACAAAGACAGUCUCUUCAUUUUGAAGUGCUCUGGGGCAGAGCUAGUGUUCAUUAUCCUGCAGACACUCUUUGUGGGGUCAGGUUGUGACCUGGUGCAGUCAGUGCUGCAGUGUUGUUGCUGAUGCCUUUGUGUUUUGUACUAACAGUUCUCUGAUAAUGUUUAUCUGCACACAUGCUGACACAUCUCUGCACAUCUCUGAAGUGCUGAGAUGACUAGGAUACCUGAAGCACACUCUUAUAGUAGAGGUGGAUUGUCUUUUAAGCUUGGGAGGGCCUGUGUUAGGGACAUAUGUGCAUAAGGAAAGCUGAAAGCCAUCCCCCGUCCCAUGGAUUUGAUUUCUCCCUGCUGGACCUCAGCACAAAGUAUCUGAAUGAAGUGGCUGGAUUUGCUAACCCAGCUGGGUAGGGUCAGUGCUGCUGAGUGACAGCCAUCUCCCCAGCGAGGCUAGGCAGGCUGUAUUGUCAGGGUCUUUGAGUUCAUGGCUGUAGGGCAGCCUAAGGACUUGCUCAUAUUUUUCAGUUUGGGGCCAAAGAUGACUGAGUUCAGGAACUCAGGGGAGUUUGCCUGGUAUAGAUGAGAAAAUAAUUGAAUAAAACACUCCUUAGUUGUAAAGCACUCAUCCUAUACCAGCAGAACAGCUACAAGGUAGCUUAUUUGUUUUCUUCUGGAGGUCCUCACAACCGUCUAAGUAGCUGUUUAGGACUGUUGGAGAGCUGCUGACCCAAAGGCUGGUGUUUUCUUGGGCCUAACAUCAGGUGAAAUAUCCUGUUACACCAGCAGGCUGGGACACAAUGCUGAUAAAAUUCAUUAGCAAAAACCCCAGUAUUUAUCAGGAGGUAACUGUCAUUCUCUCUUUUUUUGUUGUUGUUGUUUUUGUUUUUGUUUUGUUUUUCUGGCUGUGGGUAGCAUUGGAUUGUGUUUGUGAAGGAGAGAAGACAAUUAAGUGUCAGUUCUUCAUCUCUCUAAAAAUAACACGGCCCUUGGUAAUGGGGUUUUCAGAACGAUUUGUGAUUGUGAUAAAGGGACUAAACAUUCUCCAUGUUUCACUUUGUAUCUCCAGUGACUUUCCCUCACGAGGCAAAGGGUAGGGGGAGGAGAACUUGCAUGCCGUGUUACCUUGGGGGAAAUUGUGCAUAUCCUCCAGAGAAACUGAUAAGUGAAGAAACUGCAAACGUACGCAGCAAAACUCUGUGAACAGGACUCCCUUGAACCGAACUUCUCUGGGGCCAAAAUAGCUGCCAAGGGGGAAUUUGAGACUU